CCCAAGAAUUGUUUCCCUUGGACUAUAAAGCCAUCAGCUGUGGGGGAGUACUUUGUUCAGCUUGCUCGCAGCAAAGUUUGUUAGAAUUGGUUUGGUGAUCGCGCUCGUUGUUGAAAUGGAUUCUACAGUCGUUCAAGAGCAGCAGCAGAAUGUCGUUGCUAGAGUGGCAAGUUUGCCCCUUGUAAGCUCCACUUGUGACAUUGUAACAUCUGUAUAUAUAAAUACAAAGGAAAACUAUCCAUAUCUCAAGUCUGUCUGUGAGGUGGCUGAAGCAGGAGUGAAAACUAUAACGUCUGUGGCUGUCACUGGUGUAAUGCCAAUUCUUCAGAAACUUGAGCCUCAAAUUGCAGUUGCCAAUGAUUAUGCCUGUAAAGGUUUGGACAAACUGGAGGAGAAGCUGCCUAUACUUCACCAGCCCACAGAAAAGAUUGUUGCUAAUGCAGUGGAUGCAGUGACUGGUGCCAAAGAAGCUGUGACUAACAAGGUAACUGGAGCAAAAGAAACUAUAUCUGGUGUAGUUGACAGAACAAAAGAAACUGUACAUGAAAGUGUGGAGAUGACCAAAGCUGCUGUUCAAGGUAGUGUCAAUACAGUUUUGGCAAGUCGUGUGGUUCAGAUGGUGAGCACUGGAGUGGAGACUGCCCUGACCCAGUCUGAGUCUCUGGUAGAUCAGUAUCUCCCUAUGACAGAAGAAGAACUAGCAAAGGAAGCUGCAAAAGUUGAAGGGUUUGAAGUGGGUCUUCAGAAGCAAAGUUACUAUGUUAGACUUGGAUCAUUAUCAACAAAACUGCGCGCACGUGCUUAUCAGCAAGCGGUCACUAAAGUCUGUGAGGCAAAGCAAAAGAGCCAGGAGACUAUUGCCCACUUGCAUCAAACAUUUGCCUUGAUGGAAUAUGCUAGAAAGAAUGUGGAUUCUGCCAACCAGAAGCUCCAUGAUGCACAAGAGCAGUUGUUUCAAGCUUGGGUGGAAUGGAAGAGCAAAACUGGCUACACUGACACAAAUGAGACUCAGAAUGCAGAGCACAUUGAAAAUCGCACUCUUGUCAUUGCUCGUAAUCUGACACAUCAUCUGCAGACUACUUGCCUUACACUAGUGUCAAAUCUCCAAGGCCUACCUCAGAAUAUCCAGGAACAAGUUCAGCACAUUGGAAAAUCUGCAUCAGAUGUCUAUCAAACCUUCCGAUCAGCUUCCUCAAUCAAAGAAGUAUCUGACCAUGUUCUUACAACUAGCAAGGGACAGCUUGGCAAAAUGAAGGAGUCUCUUGAUGGUGUGAUGGACUACUUGGUUAACAACACCCCCCUCAACUGGCUGGUAGGUCCCUUUUACCCACAGAUUGUGGACUCCCAGCAUUCUGUGCACAAUGGAGGAUGUGAUGGAGAUGCUAAUGAAGAAAAGCAGUCUUAAAGCAUACAGUUCUGGCUUUGUAGAGAAAUGAGCAAGGUGAAAUUUUUGUCACUUCUGUCUUUAAAAUGUCACUGUGGGAUGCUCUGUAGCCACAGAUCUGGCCUAUUUGUAAAGGCUGAAUAUUUGCCUCUGGCCACAGAUCUUCAUUAAGGCUGAAUUGCCUCCACAUGCAUCAAAAUUGUCAUGUCAACUUGCAGUGUCUUUUUAAAGAUUCCUAGUGUAUGUAGUGCAUAUUAAAGUGUUCAUUGGCAUUUAUGUGAAGAGAAAAUGCAAGUAAAAGGUCUGUCUACUGUAGGGUAGAUGUUGGUCCUGUAAAGUAUACUUCAGAAGUUUAGUGUAGACUGCAUUUAAUAGUUCCAGUUUCAAAUGCUGCUGGGAUUUGGUUCUAAUUGCAGUUAACCUUUUGCCAAAUUGAACUUGUAUUUAUAGUUUUGUAUUCACUGAGAUUCGGUGCUUUUUGGCUUGUGCCAACUUUCUGAAUUUGUAUUGGUAAUAAAAUGCAUCAGCAAUCAA